AUGGACAGGACUAGGCGACCCAAGGGCGGAUCUUGCCGUGGGUACAGUCGGGGUAAAAAGCCGACCAGGGCAGCGAGAGGGAGAGAGAGCCUCAAGGGAGGACGGGAGGACGAGGACGAGAAGAGGAAGACGGCGCCAGCAGCGAGUCGAGGGUCGAGGGUCGAGGAGGGCGAAGGAAGACGAGGAGGAUGUUUCAACGCAGGGAAGAAGGAUCGAGACGGAGUCUUGGGAGGAGGGAAAGGCUGCCAAGAGGCGUUUGACGAGGAAGAAGAAGAUGAAGAUGAGACGGAAGAAGAAGAGAUAAAAGAGAUAGAAGUAGAAGAAGAGAAGAAAAGAAGAAGAGAAGAAGAAGAUAAGAGUCGCAGUGCAAAGUCGCAGCGAAGUCGCAGCGAAGUCGAGCUGGUGACCGAGAGUAACUAA